AGAGAGAGGCAUAAAAAGAGAAAGGGAAGGAAGAGGGACUCUGCUGGAACGUAGAAACCCUCUCAGAAGGAGGUGUGACUCAGCCGUGGAAGGACAAGCAACUCCUUCACGGGUGGAUGGAAACUGCUGGAGCUAUGGAUCAAUCACCCAAGUUUAUUGAUUACAGCAGCAUUCAAAUAAACUGAAGUCUGAUCCACUGAUUUCAAGAUCAUGGGACCGGUUGGACGAUUGAAUGCCUUUGUGACUGAUUUGAAGCCAGAUCAACUGCUUCAGGUCUGACUGGAAGUAUGAUUGAGUAAUUUCAGGUCUGAUUAACCUGAUCAAAAACCUGAGAAAAGUCUCGCUCAUCGGAUGCCUUAAUUGACUGAGUUGACACUUGAUUGGUUUAGUCUGAUUGAGUGCUUGGAAUCCUAACUGUCCCGUUGGAAGUCAGGUUUGACACCUGGUUAGAAGCGACUGAUUGACUUAUUGGAAGCUGUGUGUGAGGGGAGUUCUGCUGGCCCCAGGAUGAGUGCAGCAGGGGAGGUGGUGUGCGAGGGCUGGCUCAGAAAGUCUCCACCAGAGAAGAAGCUCCGCCGCUAUGCAUGGAAGAGGCGUUGGUUCGUGCUGCGAAGCGGUCGGCUGAGUGGGGAGCCCGACGUCCUGCAGUACUAUAAGAACCAGCAGUCCCGCCGGCCAAUCAGGGCCAUCAACCUGAACCUGUGUGAACAGGUGGAUGCCGGCCUGACGUUCACAAAGAAGGAGCUGGAGAGGAGCUUUGUCUUCGACCUGAGGACGGAGGAGAGGAUCUGGUACCUGGUGGCCGAGUCUGAGGAGGACAUGAACCGCUGGGUGUCCUCCAUCUGCCUGCUCUGUGGCUUCAACCCCACUGAUGAUGUUUCUAGUUUUUCCUUUUUUUAAUUUGAGUGACAUUUUUUUCCUCCUGUGUCUGGCUCGUCCUCCAUCAUAGCGAGGACCCCAACCAGUGGCACUGCCUCAGUCACCAUGGUAACAGGGUCAUUCCCACCCCCCUAUGACCCGGUAAGUGUGCGAAACUUGGAGCACGAUGGAAAUGCAGAAGAAGACUACCUGUGGUUAUCACACUGCCAGAGUCACAUCAGGGCUCCUUUGGGUUCCUCCACCUCUUUUGAAACAGACUACAACGACAGCCUCUACCCUCCUCCCUCCAACAACUCCUCCUCCUCUUCUUCCUCCUCCUCUCCUUCCCUCCUUCCCAAUGGCCUCCCACUUCCAUCCUCCUCCUCCUCCUCUUCCUCGGGCUUCAGGGCGGCCCCUCGGACCGUAGCCUCCAUGACGGGCCCUUUCAGCCAGUCUCUGGAUGCCAGCAUGACCUCUGACCUGCAGAGACGGGCCAAUAAAACUCGUUGUCACCCGUCUCCCCAUCCUAGGAAGCACUCCCUGGACAUCUACCUUCAACCCGUUGUGAUACUUCUCAGCGAUGACACACACUCUGCAGUGCAUCUGAAUACACACUCAAACACCACCAGUGGUUACCAGAUCCCUCGUCCGGCAUCUGCCCUGCAAUCUCGACCCCAUCACCGCCGAUGCUCUACCCCAAAUGUCAACUCCCUAACCCAGGCGGAGCUCCAUGCUUCCACCCCGACUGCUCCUCCACGCCCGCCCAAGCCUCACACCAUACCAGCCCGGGGAGAGGGCUUAGGUAUGGGCACCAGGUCAGCCACGCUCCCCCGAUCCACCUCGGAGCCAGAGAGGAGGGAUGGAUAUCUGGAGGGAGGGCUGCCGAGGAGCAACACUAUCACCACGUCAGGACACACACACACAGGUUGUGACUCUUUUUACAUCCCUCGGUCUCUGUCCGACCGAGCAAGCAUGUUUGAGUUCAGUGAGAGCUUCAACAGCUACUUUUUUAAUAAAGGCAUGGUACCUCUGGGUAGUGUUUGCUCUGAGGAUGAUGAUGUGGAUGAAAACUAUGUUCCCAUGAGCGCCGCCACCACUGAGCCUCCUGUCGCUCCAAGGGUGCAUCCACAUCCUCCCUCUGAAUCCUCUGUCCAGCUCCAGGAUGCCAACUACGUCCCCAUGACUCCCAUCCCCCCUUCCCUUCCCGUCCACCCCACCCCUGCCACAGACGACCUAGCGUCCCUGGGAAGACAAGUCCCCCCACCCGCCCACCUGGGUUUUCGUAAUUCCCCGCUGACUCCAGCCUCUCCCGGCACCCCGCCGCUCAAGAGAAACACCAUGAACCCUGAGGUGAAGGCCAUGCCCCCUCCCAUCCACCGCAACCUGAAACCACAACGCAGAGGAAUUAGUGUCGGUCAGCCUCCAGAGAGAACGGACGUCCAGACGGCUGGAGAGUCGACGCACAAGACAAGAGGGAAACCAGCUCCACUGGACAUCACAGUGCAGCAGGAUUGGCAGGAAGUCCCGCCCCCUGUUCACUCGCCUGUCACUCGAACCUUCACAAGAGAUCCUUCCACUCAUUGGACCGCCAGGCCGCCCUCAGCUCACAGCUCGUCCCCCUCCUCCGACUCCGAUGACACUGAUGACAGUUACGUCGCCAUGACAACAGCUUCCAACCUUAGUUUCAGCGCCGGCGAGCCAUCACUGAGGCUCAUGCUGCACCGGGCGUCAGAGGGCGGAGUCAGCAGCCCGUUGCUACGGCGAGCCAGAGGUGACAAACAGGUGGAGUACCUGGACCUGGACCUCCACACUGGGCGAUCCACUCCUACAAGACAGAAACGCUGCACAGCAGAAGGCGGAGGCGGAGGCGGUGGUGGCAGCGAGCAGACAGCAGCGGGCGAGGAGUGUGCACGGGGCCCGCGUUCACGUGUGGACUACGUGGUGGUGGACCCCAAAAGAACCAAGGCCCUGAGGAGCACCAGAGAAGCAUGGCAUGAUGGGAGGAUGUCCACGGAGAAGGAGAAAUGCUAGAGAUGCACACACACACACAGUCAGGCUGUUCUCAAGCAGCACCGAGUUGUUGCUGAUAAACUACCACAUUCCUUACUUCCCUUCUCCUUUCUUAACAAGCUUAAAACUCAAAUCACUGUUGAGACUCCUGGAGUUGUUCAGAGUCAUUUGUCAAGAAGAAGAAAAGCAGAAAGAUGUCGGUGACAACAGCUGUGCUGUGUGAUUAGCUGGGUUGAAACUCCCAAACUCAGAAAGCUCAGUUUCACAUCACUGCGACGAUGAAGUACUCAGACUUGUGGAGGGGUGACGAUCAAUGCAUUAGUGUUUUUGGUUUUAUGGAAAGGAAUAGGAGGAAAACAAUUAGUGACAACACACUCAUCCACAGCAUGUCAAACGUGGUUCUGCAUCAACAUAUUUUGGGUAACAUUAGCUUCAAUCCAGCUUCACUUAGUCAGAGAAACUAAGGAUCUUCAACUCCAGCUGAGAUUUUUAACUAGAUUUCUUCCUCGCGAGCUUCUUGGCAUCAAAGAAAUGUUGUAGAGAUACAAGAGUUAGAGUUAUUAUCCUCAACAUCAUGUUUCCUGCUGUAAUGAUUCAAAACGAUGGUGGAUGAAUCCAAUGAUUAACAAAUGUGAAUAAUUAUCAAUGAGUGUGUGAUUGUGUGUGUGUGUGUGUGUGUGUGUGUGUGUGUGUGUGUGUGUGUGUGUGUGUGUGUGUGUGUGAGAGAUCAUGAGCAGUCUGUGUGCAGCGAAUGAUUGUGUCAAAUCCAAGCUGUAAUGCUGCUGCUGAAUCAUUUCUGUGUUUGUGAUGCCAGUAAUAACGGUUAAUAAAUGAGUCAACACUUCACAU